UGUGGUGGAUCAGGGCGGGACCAGCACAACCCUCAACAUUCACUAUGAGAAGGAAGAGUUGGAAGGUCAUAGAACUCUGUAUGUGGGGGUUCGGAUGCCACUGGGCAGGCAGGGCCAUCGGCACCACCGCACUCAUGGCCAGAAGCACCGGAGACGCGGAGCACGGGGCAAAGGAACCAGCCAGAGUGAAGAGGUCCUGGAAGCUUUGGCCCAUGACACCCCGUCUCAGCGUGUUCAGUUCAUUCUGGGCACUGAGGACGACGAGGAGCAUGUGCCUCAUGAGCUGUUCACAGAGCUGGAUGAGAUCUGUCUGAGAGAGGGAGAGGAUGCCGAGUGGAAGGAGACAGCCAGGUGGCUGAAGUUUGAAGAGGAUGUUGAAGAUGGGGGAGAGCGCUGGAGCAAGCCUUACGUGGCCACCCUCUCUCUGCACAGUCUGUUUGAGCUGAGGAGCUGCCUCAUCAAUGGCUCUGUCCUCCUGGACAUGCGUGCAAGCAGCAUAGAAGAAAUUUCAGACCUGAUACUGGACCAGCAAGAACUGUUCAGUGACCUGAAUGACAGUAUGAGGGUUAAAGUGCGGGAAGCCCUGCUCAAGAAACACCACCAUCAGAAUGAGAGGCGGAGGAACAACCUCAUUCCCAUUGUCCGCUCCUUUGCUGAGGUUGGCAAGAAGCAAUCGGACCCACAUUCCAUGGAUAAAGACGGUCAGACUGUUUCUCCUCAGUCUGCUCCAACUACGAGUCUUGAGGUGAAAAAUGGAGUGAAUUGCGAGCACAGUCCUGUGGAUCUAAGCAAGGUGGACCUUCAUUUCAUGAAAAAAAUUCCCACUGGGGCAGAGGCCUCCAAUGUCUUGGUUGGAGAGGUGGACACUCUGGACCGUCCCAUCGUCGCCUUUGUGAGGCUCUCCCCAGCUGUGCUCCUCUCGGGCCUGACGGAAGUGCCCAUCCCAACAAGAUUUCUAUUUAUCUUACUGGGCCCAGUAGGAAAAGGUCAGCAGUACCAUGAGAUUGGCAGAUCCAUGGCCACCAUCAUGACGGAUGAGAUUUUUCAUGAUGUGGCAUAUAAAGCCAAGGAGCGAGAUGACCUUCUGGCAGGGAUCGACGAAUUCCUGGACCAGGUGACCGUGCUCCCUCCAGGGGAGUGGGACCCAUCCAUUAGAAUUGAGCCACCCAAAAAUGUCCCUUCCCAGGAAAAAAGGAAAAUGCCUGGAGUCCCAAAUGGAAACAUUUGCCACAUGGAACCAGAGCCACAUGGAGGACACAGUGGACCAGAGCUCGAACGGACUGGGCGGCUGUUUGGGGGCUUGGUGCUGGACAUCAAGCGGAAGGCUCCCUGGUACUGGAGUGACUACCGAGACGCACUCAGCUUACAGUGUCUGGCCUCCUUUCUGUUCCUAUACUGUGCCUGCAUGUCACCUGUUAUCACCUUUGGGGGACUGCUUGGAGAAGCCACUGAAGGACGUAUAAGUGCAAUUGAAUCCUUGUUUGGAGCGUCCAUGACGGGGAUCGCCUACUCCUUGUUUGCUGGGCAGCCCCUUACCAUCUUGGGGAGCACUGGCCCUGUGCUCGUGUUCGAGAAGAUUCUGUUCAAGUUCUGCAAGGACUAUGCCCUUUCGUACCUCUCCCUGCGAGCCUGUAUCGGGCUGUGGACUGCCUUCCUGUGCAUUGUUCUCGUGGCCACGGACGCCAGUUCCCUCGUCUGCUACAUCACCCGCUUCACCGAAGAAGCAUUUGCCUCCCUGAUUUGCAUUAUUUUCAUCUAUGAAGCAAUAGAAAAGCUGAUUCACCUGGCAGAGACCUACCCCAUCCACAUGCACAGCCAGCUGGACCACCUUAGCCUCUAUUACUGCAGGUGCACGCUCCCAGAGAAUCCAAACAACCAUACUUUACGGUACUGGAAGGACCACAACAUUGUGACCACAGAAGUGAACUGGGCGAACCUGACUGUCAGUGAAUGCCAGGAGAUGCAUGGAGAGUUCAUGGGCUCGGCGUGUGCUCAUCAUGGACCCUACACUCCCGAUGUGCUCUUUUGGUCCUGUAUUCUCUUCUUCACCACCUUCAUCCUCUCAAGCACCUUAAAGACGUUUAAGACGAGCCACUAUUUCCCGACCAGAGCACGCUCCAUGGUGAGCGACUUUGCCGUCUUCCUUACCAUCUUCACAAUGGUGAUCAUCGACUUCUUGAUUGGAGUCCCAUCGCCAAAGCUUCAGGUCCCCAGUGUGUUCAAGCCAACACGGGAUGACCGAGGCUGGUUUGUUAGUCCCAUCGGCCCUAACCCCUGGUGGACGGUGAUAGCUGCAGUUAUCCCGGCUCUCCUGUGCACUAUUCUGAUAUUCAUGGACCAGCAGAUCACCGCUGUCAUCAUUAACAGGAAGGAGCAUAAGCUCAAGAAAGGCUGUGGCUACCAUCUGGACCUGCUGAUGGUGGCCGUCAUGCUGGGCGUUUGUUCCGUCAUGGGGCUGCCUUGGUUUGUGGCUGCCACUGUCCUGUCCAUCACACAUGUGAACAGCCUCAAGCUGGAGUCUGAGUGUUCUGCUCCUGGGGAACAGCCCAAGUUCCUGGGCAUCCGAGAGCAGAGAGUUACGGGCCUUAUGAUCUUCGUGCUGAUGGGCUGCUCGGUCUUCAUGACGGCUGUCUUAAAGUUUAUCCCGAUGCCAGUGCUCUAUGGAGUUUUCCUCUACAUGGGAGUCUCUUCUCUGCACGGAAUCCAGUUCUUUGAUCGUCUGAAGCUUUUUGGGAUGCCUGCAAAACACCAGCCAGACUUCAUCUACCUGCGGCACGUGCCCCUGCGCAAAGUCCACCUCUUCACCCUCAUCCAGCUCACCUGCCUCGUCCUGCUCUGGGUAAUCAAGGCGUCGCCAGCUGCCAUUGUUUUCCCAAUGAUGGUCCUGGCCUUGGUCUUCGUCAGGAAAGUCAUGGAUCUCUGUUUCUCCAAGCGUGAGCUGAGCUGGCUGGAUGACCUGAUGCCUGAAAGCAAAAAGAAGAAGCUGGACGACGCAAAGAAGAAGGCCAAGGAGGAGGAGGAGGCUGAGAAGAUGCUGGACAUAGCGGGUGAUAAGUUCCCACUCGAAAGCAGGAAGUUGCUAAGUAGUCCUGGCAAGAACAGCAACUUCAGAUGUGACCCCUCUGAGAUUAAUAUAUCAGAUGAAAUGCCCAAAACCACAGUCUGGAAGGCUCUCAGUAUAAAUUCUGGAAAUACAAAGGAGAAUAGGUAA